AUAUACAAAUAUUACAGCGAACUUAAACUGCUUUUAAUUUUAGGCCAUCUGGAAGAAGUUAUCUGAAAAGAAAACUUAAAAGGUUUUGACAAGUUUCAGAAAAUAUUUUAAGACUACAGAUACUUUGGAAGGCUUUGCAGGAAGUUUUCAAGGACUAAGAAGAAAUUUCUGCCUGUAAUUAUUUAAUGAGAAGGAAGAACAACUGAAAAGAACUUAUAGUGGAGUCUAAAAAUGAGUAGCACUACUCUUGUCCUUUUCCUUGUUUUGCAAUUAGCACACCCGGUAGAAACAUCUGUUGCCAACUGCAUUCCCAGAAAAACAGUGAAAUACCAAGCUGGAAAAAUAACCGCUUUUAUGAAAGAAGGAUUAUCCAAUGUUUCCACUCUCCUUGUGAAUGAAGAAACCGAUAUGUUGUUUGUUGGAGGCAGAGAUGCAGUGUUUGCUCUUGACUUGAAUAAUAUUUCUAGAGAAAUAGCCAGGGAAUACUGGUUUGCUACACAGGAGAGACAACUGGAAUGUAUUCAUAGAGGAAAGGACGAGCUAAGAUGCCAGAACUACAUCCUCUCCCUCCAUAAGAUAAAUAACUCUUACCUGUAUGUUUGUGGAACCAACGCGUAUCACCCGACUUGUGAUUAUAUGCUUAUCCAUGGGAUGAACCUGAGCUUGCAAGGAAGAGUUGAAGAGAGCAGAGGGCGGUGUCCAUUUGAACCAACUCCGAAUUAUGCAUCUGUUUUUGUAGAUGGGGAAUUUUACUCGGCUACUUCAAAUAAUUUUUUGGGAACAGAACCUAUAAUACUUCGCAAUAUGAGAAAUCCUGUAAGAACGGAGUUUAAAACAUCAUGGCUAAAUGAACCAAGUUUUGUCCACAUGGAAUUAGUGCAUGAAAGUGAAUCUAAUCCAAAUGGAGAUGAUGAUAAAAUUUACGUGUUCUUCACUGAAACAGCUGUUGAAUUUGAAUUCUAUGACAAGCUUCUGGUGUCCAGAAUUGCCCGUAUCUGCAGAGGCGAUCUUGGUGGAAAACGCAUAUUGCAGAGACGAUGGACAUCAUUUUUAAAGUCCCGCCUUUCCUGUUCCAUUCCAGAAUUAAACUUCCAUUUCAAUAUUGUCCAGGACAUCUUUUUCCUUAGGAGAAGAAAGUGGCAGGAGAGCGUAUUUUAUGGAAUUUUUUCCCAACAAUGGGGAAGAUUAGACAUCUCAGCUGUUUGUGCUUACAGCAUGAAAAAUAUUGAGGAAGUCUUCUCCAAAGGAAACUACAAAGUAGCUGUGGCUGUUGAACAUUCCCCUGUUAAGUGGAUGGUCUACAGGGGAGAAGUGCCGGUUCCACGUCCGGGCGCUUGCGUUGACAACUUUGCCCGGAGUCUUGGCUAUAACACUUCUUCUGACCUGCCUGACAAAGUUCUGCAGUUUGUUAGAGAUCACCCUCUAAUGGAUAACUCUGUAAAUCCAAUUGGUGACAGACCUGUGCUGUUGAAGAGAGGUUCCACCUACACCAGGAUUGUUGUAGAGAGGGUAACUGGCCUGGAUAAACACACGUACAAUGUCAUGUUUCUAGGAACAGAUGAUGGAUAUUUGCAUAAAGCUUUCAGUUGUGAUGGGGAAAUGUUCAUUGUGGAGGAGCUCCAGCUGUUCCUGUCUCCUGAGCCUGUACGAGCUCUCCGGCUGUCGUCUGAAAAGGGAGUGCUCUAUGCAGGGUCCCAAUCUCAAGUGGUGCAGCUUCCAGUUUCGGAAUGCCGGCGAUACAAGUACUGCCUGGAUUGUGUCUUGGCACGGGAUCCGUACUGCGCGUGGUCUCAGUCUGCUAAUGAAUGCGUCCUCCUGACAAAGCAAGCUGGCUCAAAGACUACGAAUUUAAUUCAAAGUGUGAAAUAUGGGGAUGCUUCCAGCUGCCUCAACGUUGAAAAUAGAGUGAGAAAAUGUGUCUUUACCCUUGGAAACAAUGUGUUUCUCAAAUGUGUUCCCCUGUCCAAUCUGGCAAGUGUGGUGUGGAAGUUUAACGGGAGCAGGCUUCGGACUGAGGACUCCAACUACCUCCUGUAUGAUGGAGGAAUGGCAAUAUUCAAUGUGACGCUGGAUGCGGCCGGAUUCUAUGAUUGUCUCUCGGUAGAGAAAUCCAGAGGGAAGGAAUUCCAUAUCAUUGUGGCCCGCUAUGCCCUUUACGCCCAAGAAAAGACAGAGGAAGCAAAUGUUAUUGCCAUGGCAAAGAAGCACAGUGAAAAAGGAACUGAGGAGUUUCAGUCUUUAGAACCAUCUUUGUUACCAGACGAGGCAGUGAUACAGGAAUCUCUGGGGAGCCGAAGAGAGAAGAUAAGUUUAAGAGUCCUAGGGGCUGGUUCUGUUAUUCUUUUCAUGUGCUUAUUGAUUUGGAACUUCUGCAAGGGUCACUUACCUCUGCUGUGGAAGAGCAGAGAGGCCAGUUCAAAACCCACUGAUGCAGCUGGCCCGGAAAGUGCAGUGCUGGCUGCAGAGGGUUUGGGCGGUGUAAGGGAGAGUUCAGACACACAGACGAGCAUGUCUUAAUGAACGCUUGUGAGCUUUUCAUUAGGAGUGCAGCGGAACGCAUAGCAGUGCGAGUUACACAGGGCGCUCUGGGAGCUUGCGGCUCCCAGAGCCCUUUGGGGAAGCUGACAUGAUGUUUCCUGUUCAGGAAUGUAGGUUUGGGUGGGAGUCAGAGGCUCUGGUUUGAAGACGACAAGCUGUGCUGUCUGUCAUGUUGUGUUACCAGUUAUGACUUUACAAAAGCAAAAUUCCAUGUUUGGGUGCCUUUUGGACAU